CGCCAAGCGCUCAGCAUCAUCCCCAUCUCUAUCACUGCUCUCGAGCCUCCUGCACACGCACGCACGCUUCGCUUUGGCUUCUCCGUCGAACAGAGCUGACUCACGGCAGAGCGGUUUGUCUGCGUUCUUGAGUGACUCCUUGUUUGCUGGUGAUCUCGCGACGAAGACGAGGAUCUCUCUAUAAACCAUAGGCGGAAGCAACACACCGAUUCCCAGGAUCUCCAUUUCAUCGUCGUCUAAGACAGGACUUCGCCGCCAUGAGGCUGAAGCUGAACGUUCCACUUCCUGAAGAGAAGUGCCUCCUGCGCAGCCGCCACGUGAGCCCUCGAUAUGAGGACCGACUGAGGUCCUACAGAGGCCUGUCAGAACGCAAGUCUCCGCCGAAAAACUUCUUAUUCCGAACUUCACCAUGGCCCCAGGAGCGCAGCACCGCCUGCGACAUGGGCUCACCAGAUGCCGACAGCGUCCGUGCCAUGUCCCUCUCGUCAUCUGAGCCAGAGGACAGAGACCUCUCGGACCAGGACGAGGAAGAGUUCGAGGACACUAGUCCAUUGCUGGCCGCCGCCAAGGCCAACAUACUGGCCGGAGACGACUACGGCUCGGGCUCGGAAAACUCUUCCACGGCGUCAUCAUCUUCAGACGAAGAAGAAUCGUCUGAGGACAGUGGCCUCACGGAGAUGAACGAUGGAGCGCUUUUGAAUGAGAGAAUCGAGCCCAACAACAACUUCAUCGACUCGGUAUUUCUGGGAAGUGCGGACACUCGUUUCGUAGGCGGCCAGGACGAUGAAGUGACCAUGAACUUCGUCACGGCUGAACCCGUAACCGCGCUCAUGGCCAACGUGCUGACGCUGAACGUGGGCUCGUCGCCCACAUCCGGCGACUACAACGACUUCAGUCCCAUGAGCGAAGGGAGCACGGCGUCCCUGGCCUCGUCGCUGACGUCGUCGUCCAUGAUCGGAAUGGCGUCGAUGACGUCCUCGACCAUGUCCGUGGAUUUAGUGAGCAACGCCAACGCCUUCAGGGACGUCGCCUGGACGCCCGAAGACAGCUUCGUGAUGGACAAGGUGAAGAAAACGGACGCCAACGUGCGCGAACGUGCGGCCGUGGAGGAGUAUGGGGACCUCAAGAUGGUCAACGGCGGAGACCCGUUCGACCCUAGGGCGCUGACGCCGGAUGCCGAAGAGUUCUCGAGAAGAAGCAGGAGAAAAGCGUACCGCGACGAGGGCGUCAGACUCCUGCCGGACGUGCUGCCUCCUCUGAAGAUACUGGAGGAGUGCGAGAACGUGUUGAGCUCCGCGGCGGUGACGAAGGCCGAGAUAGACCAGCAGAACGCAUCUCGGCGUAAGCAUCUUCUGGAAGGUGGCACCGAUAAGCUUCCCUCUUACAGCGUAGCUCCGGACUUAGACGCCUCACUUCCGGAAGACGUGUCCAGGUGGGCUCUACCGGAGAACGUGGCCAAAAUUUUCGACAAGGCCGAGCUGACACGCGAGGCGACCACGUCUGCCGCGUCGCUGCUCAAUUUCACCCCCGAGAAGGUGCGCCGUUCGCGGCUCUCGCUGGCCCCGGCGGGACCAGCUGCGAGACACGUCGACGGCCGCCAGCAGACCUCGCGGUCCGCCGGUACGAGCUCGGUCGCCACCGCGGAACGCCGUCGGGGCCGGGCGUCGUUGUCUCCCGAGCGGUGCGGCGACUUCGACGUGUACAACAUCGAGACAAGCAUGCCCACCAUCGACUGGGAGGCCAUGGAGAGGCACCUGAGCCGGGCCGCCAAGGAGGACGACUGGCUCGCUAGGAGACGCAAUGACCGUGAGGCGAUUCGACAGAAGUUGGCCAUGGACACAGAUGUGGAGGAGUCCUUUGGUAUUGAGCGCACCAAUCGCAAACCAAGUCUUGCUGUGAGGCUACAAGAAAGCAAGAACCUGCAGAUCUGCUUCAUGAAUGAAACUGCUGCCGAACUGGACUCCUUAGAGCUAUCCGGGGAAGCUGCACGGCCCCAUGAUGACAGCAGCACUCAACAGGCCACAAGUCAGCAAGGGAGCGCCAACACUUCUGUCGGGCUCCCCAAUGGACUUCUGAAUGCAAGCUCUGAUGUCUCCCUGCUGCAGACGAAGCCAGCCCAGUGUACGAGCCCUCCAGUCAGGCGGGCCUCACACGAGGAGGCUGCUCCCAAGCGGCCAUCUUUCUUCUUCAACCGGCGCAAGAGCUGGCGUCAAAAGAAGACUGAUGGCAAUGGUGAGCUCAAAAAAGAAGCCAAGUCCUGGAAUGGCGAGGACUUUGCCACUCGCCAGGCAAGGCUUCAGGCGGAAGCCAGAGCAGCGCUGGCACAAGCCAAGGAGAUGGCACGCAUGCAGAUGGAAGUGGAGCGACAGCAGAAGAAGAAGUCGCCCAUUGCCGACAUUGUUGGCAUUUCUUUUCCUGACAGCCGCCAUCGGCUAAGCCGACAGAUGCUGAAUGACAUGAACGUGGCACAGCUGCAAGUGAUUGUCAAUGACCUCCACUCACAAAUUGAAAGUCACAAUGAAGAUCUGGUCAAGUUUUUGCUGGAGAGAGAUGAUCUUCAUAUGGAGCAGGACUCCAUGCUUGUUGAUAUUGAAGACAUGACAAGAUACUUGGGAGCCAAAAACAUGAGUGCAUCUCGUGACGGCUCGUCAGUGUCCCUCUCUCAUCCGGCAAAGACAAUCCCAUAGAAAGGAAGAGAGACGCACCUUCAGCUCUCAGGGGUGCCAAGGGGCAUGCCUACAUUGAGUUUUCUAUUAUCUAUUGUUUUUUUAUGGAGCAAGCUCUCUUUCAUCCUUCUUUCCUUCUUUUUUUGACCCAUGUCACAGAAGGCAGUUGCUGAAACUAACAAAACUCAAAAACUUUGCGCACAGAGAGCUGGUACUUUCCUGAUGUCCUGAGUACACCGAGGUAUGCGUUCACUGUUUUUAGUUUCACUGUCUAUAAUAUUGUGUAAUUUCAGGUGGGUUUUCAUUGUUUGCUGUCAUGAUAACUGUGAGCGAACAGCACUUUAAUAGGAAGAAUAUUAUGUUAGCAUCUUUGCUCCUUGGUGCCAUGUUUUUUAUAUGAUAAUGCUGCUCUACAAUAUUGCCAGGCAUUAGUCAUUAGUUUUGGAUAAAUAGCAGUCUACUCAUUUUGUGUUGGAAGUUUCCAGCUGCAUAACGCAACUCUCUUUUUGAUAUUUUUUUUUCUUUAGGACCAUUUCAUUGUAAAUUGCACUCUGUAAAUUCCAAGGUAGAGUGUAAGAUAGCGCAUUACAUGUUUAGUUACUGUUCUGUGUACUUUGUGCAAUGUUUGUGUGAAGAUGCACUCAUAGGAGUGUAUUGAGAAGUAACACUUUACAUGACCUGGUCAGGUUCUUAGAGACAGACUUUACGUAUGGCUUUUCUAAUUUUAUAGAGGAGAUUGUGCCAUACUAACUUUGUGCCCAUAAUGAGGACCACUCUUGGCAUGCAAGCAAAUGUGCAUUGCUGGGCCUGUUUUCCUAAAGGCAUCUUUCCACCUCGCAUUGUACAUAGAUUUGCCGUUGUGACGUAUCCAUUUGUUGCUGGCAGUCCUAAGCGUCAGUCACAUUGAGGCAUUUUCUGUUGUGUGAAAUGCUUAAAGGGCUAAAACCUGAAAUACAUGCCAACUCGCUACUGUUGGGGCAUGAGCAGGAAGUUCAAUGUUGCCAUUUCAACUCAUCAGGGAUCUACGUGAGCAGUAACAGCUUGUGGACAAAGACAGAAGAGCGAUGUGAGACAGAUUAGCUGAGAGUUAGCAACGUGUUUGUUCUUGCUCGUACGGCACUGGAUUUUUACUGCUCAUGCAUGCAGGUCUGCCUUGACAUACAGCAAAGGUACCCUAUCACUCUAAAAUGGAAUGACACGAAUAUACUUGAUAGACGGGUAUGCUCCCUCUGACGUAUCUUGGAGACUGAGUAAUUCAGGAUAACUUGGCAUCAUUGGAUUCUUGGCAGCUUAACAGCCAUGUCACUCAUUUGAAGCAUUUUUCUAAAAUCUAGUAGUUUUACAAAAAAGUGUUUCGGGGACCCAUUAAGCUAUACUAUUGCAUACUGUCAAAAGUGUGCCUAAAAGUAGGUUUUGUUGCGAUUAUUUGAUUUCAUUUGUGUUUUGUUCAGGCUCAUUUUUUUGCUGCCAGAGCUACUCAUAUAUGUAUUUGAAAAACACUUUCUUACCAUCUCAUUAUGUUAAUUAUACUUGAAAUGCAGGCACAUUGUAUUGAUUGCACUGUUUAUGCAUUACAGUAGACUCUUUAUGAAGCAAAGAUGAAGAAUGUGUGAAAGAUUUUAAAAGCUGAGGAGUGUUCUUGAAUUGUCUAGCGCUUCAGCUCUUAGCAGGUCUUGUCUUAUAGCAAGUUCAUUGAAUACUCUCCUGUAUGGUAUCGCUUAUUGACGAAGAAAGUAGGCUACUUACCUCUGAAAAGUGGCAUUUGUCUUUUUCAUUUUCACUUAGUUCAAUAGAUGUAUGCUCCUAUCCUCUCUAUCAACUCGUUAAAUGUCUUUGUUUACGGCCCUUGCAACAUUUUUCAUUACAUACGCCCAAGGUUUGAGAACUGUUGUGUAGCAGUAUCACUAAGGAAUGCUUGCUUAGACUUGGCUUAAGUAUGCAAGUCAUCUUUGCAUGUUCGUGAAGCACUGUUUUUCAUUUUUAAACGAAAUAGAGCCUGUACUUGAAAGAAUUUUAGAGUGUUUGAACCCCACAGACAUUCAAGUUCUUGGAAAUGAACGAAACCAGCAGCGUAAUGAUUUCUUCAUUUUAAGUUCAAGCUAAUCCCUGUUUUAGAACACUGGCCUGUAUAACGCUGCACUUUACUGCACUUUAUUCCAUGAUGUUAACGUGAUUCCAAAGCACAACUUACGACUGUGUAAUCUCCGUGUAUAAUGUAUUGUCGCUUCUGGUGUCACAUUUCUUGUAGUGGCACACUACUCACAGUAUACUGCUAGACUUGUUAUUUAUAUGCUCGUUCCUGGCAUUGUCUGGAAUUAGGUUGCAGACAAACUGGCUUUAUUGACUGCUGUGUGCACUGAAAGCCAAGCUAGGAUGCUUAGCCUCCACUGUACAGUACCUAUAUUCGGCGUUAUCCUGUAAUAUUCAACCUAUUCUAGUGAAGUCUUUGUACAGUAUGUACACCUGGGAGUUAUUCUGCAAGCCUCGGCAUAUUUUAGCGGCUCCGACAUUUCGUUUCGUUGCACUUUAAGAUGCCACAGAAACAACAUGUGCAUAAUUUGCUGUACGCUGUGUAUACCCUAUUUUUGUGUUGUGUUUAUCUGCAUCCUUGAAAUGAAACCAUGGUUUCACAAGUGCAAUCAGCUCCUGUGAAAGUUAAGCAAAUAGAUAAAAUGUCAACACCUUUUAGAGCCUACAGAAAACGGUUGAGUGUGUGCCUGUGAUACCAGUAAGCAGAUGCAAUGGCUUGCGAAAAUUGUGAGUGUUGCGAGUUGCAACGCUUAAUAAUUGGCAUACAUUUUAAUUUUCUCGGCUUACAUUUUGUCUGGUCAUAAUUGAUCCGGCCUUUAAAGGCAAUGAAGCAAUGAAACUCAGUUUCUACUUUUUGGAGAAAACAAUGAAGCCACCAAAGUGUGGUAAUAUAGAAGCAUGCUUGAAACUCGUGCACUGUAUUUUUUACAUUACACAUAGUGCACAUGAAGAAGCUUGCAUUUGGUCGAGAAAGUGGACCACACACCAAAUAAACACACAAGCAACUCAAAGUGCCCGAGUAAAAAUGUGGUAAGUUACUCAGGCCUGUAUCUCAAAUUCCUACACUAGUGAAACUAGAAAUUCCACUCCCAGCAACUACUAGGGCAUUCUCUAAAUGAAACUCACUAAUUUGACAAGCAAAACACAUAAAGAGUUGAAGCAUUUCGUCUUGUGUGCCCCUCAUCUCUGCUGCGUGCUCGCCUGUCGAAUAAGCUGGGACACUCUGACGGAACACUGACAUGAUAUCCACCAGGCUGCUGCUUUUAUUUUAACGCCCAUGUACGUUUUUGCAGGUGUACAGAGAAGCAGCCUACACCAACAACGCUUGUGCAACUUGUGUGUUUUUAUGAAGCUUCUCCUCCUGUACCACUAACAUGCUUCCACACACUCCACACUUCUUAGUGCCAUUUGUGAAAGCACAGUCCUGCUGCUUGUGCUGCUGUGUGACACAUCGUUUGUACAUGUCUAAUACUUGCUGUACUCAUUCCCACUGGGAUAUUUUUUCCUUUUGUACGCUCGCUGAUUGUCCUAACGUGGAUGAGUGUGUGCUUCUUUCUGGACGACGUAGAAAAGGACACUUGUCUAGUUUCCGAUAAAUGUUAUGUGCCUUUCGGAAACAUAGUUUUCGUGUCAAGGGAGUUGGUGGUUAUUGUUUCAUUUCAAUUAGCUUUAUGUUAAUUUCUGUCUUUGCUGCUUUAUUUUUCAAAUGGGCAUUGGAUCUUUGCAUGACAGAUAUGCUUCAUUUUCAUGUGCACAUAACUUGCAAGUGCCUACAUUAAGGAAAAGUUGUCAUGUGAGUAAACAUGCAAAAAGUGUGCUGUGCACGCUGUGUCUGUCUAUAUCAUGGCAGUGCUGUUAUUUAUCCUCAGCUGCUAGUUCAGCUAUGAAGAGAUAAUUGGCAUUCGCCAGGUUACUGCAAGUUCUGCACUGGAAACAUAGCAUGUGUCAUUGCAUUUGCCUGCAACUUUUAAUACAUUAAAAGGUUUUCAAAAUAGUGUUACAGCAUGAAGUCAUCAAUGAAGGCAACAGUUGUGCCAUUCCUUGUUACACAUUUUGUUUGUUGUUUCAGUGGCAUUGUGGGAAUGUUCUCGGUGUGCAGUCAUUGUGUUCACCUGUACUUGAUUUAUAUUUAUUAUUAAGCCAAGUUACUCAUGAAAGGGUUCAUAUUCCUUUUGAAUGCUGUCUACGUAGUUUGUAUAUGGCUAGGGAAAAAGAGCAAGAGUGUUUCUGCAGCAGUUUCAUUUUUGUGCAGUGAUGUAUGUCUAUGGAAAGAGCUUUGUUAGUGUGCCUGCCCUGUGGCCUGUGCACAUUUAUGGCGGCCUAAAAGCUGUGGAUUCAAUAAAUGUACCUUUAAUUUAGGAAUGA